AUGUUGCAAGAUUUAAAACUCUUGGAAAAAGUAACACAUCUUCAUUUUUACCUCUUUGAUAUUCUUAGUGGAAACAAACCCACUGCAGUACAAGUUGCACAGCCAAACAUCAUCGUUGGAUCAAAAUCAGCCAACCCUUUUGGCCACGUGUAUGCAAUCGACGACCUAAGAGAGGGUCCUAAUGAAAGUUAUAAAAUAAUUGGAAAUGCACAGGGUUUUUAUUUAUCUUCGAGUCAAAGUGAAAAUUUGACACUUGUUUUGUACGCUGAUUUUGGAUUUACAACUGGAAAAUUCAAAGGUAGUUCUAUUAGUGUGUUUUCGAGGAAUCCUGUUACUAAACCAAUUCGUGAACUUUCUGUGGUUGGUGGAAGAGGUAAGUUUAGAUUGGCUAGAGGAUUUGUUCAUGUUAAGACUCAUUCUAUUGAUUUCAAAAAUGGUGAUGCCAUUCUUCACUAUGAUGUUACUGUGCUUCACUACUAA